UCGCUAGGUAUAAAAAAUAAAAUUGCGUCCAAAUAAGUUUUGCUGCUAGUUUUACCUUUGCUUGUCAUAAGAUCAAAACAUAAGUUCUCCCUCACAGAAGAAUACAAGUAACGAGCCCAUUUCCUCCUCCUCCUUCUUCUUCUUCUCCUCUAAUCUUCCACUAAUCUUGCACUAAUCUUCCCAGAUGGGCUACUAGUUCAUCUCUUUUCUAAAAGACUGUAUGUGAAGUCAAAUAUGAAGUAGGAGCUGAUAUAUUCUGGGGUGUUAAUUCCAGUCUAGUGCAUUAGCUCGACUUUCACCUAUUGGCACCAUUGUAAACUUCUAUCAUUUUUUUUUGCGUUUUUGCUCUCCAACCACAGAUAUGACUCGAGGCAGAGGUCGAGGUAGUGCAGGUCGUAUAAACAAGUCCUCUGCUAGGGGUAAUUCAGCUACUCAUAGGAACAUUCCCACUAUUCCCAUUCCAACAAUUAGUCAUCAACAAGGUGGUACGAGUUCCUCAAGUCGGCCAAGUCAUAUUAAUCAAGUUCAAAUAUUAGGUCCUAGUAGUACACCUCCAAUUCAAACAUCAGGUAAUAGUAGUACACCUCCAAUUCAAACAUCAGGUAAUAGUAGUAUCCCACCUGUCUAUGUUGAACCAUCUCCGAUGACACCUAAUCAGAGCAACACAGUAGACGAGGGUAUAUCACAGAAUAAUGCAAUAGGUGAGAGUAUAUCUACUCAAACCAAUGCAAUAGGCGAAGGUGAGUGCAACAGUAGUCUUGGCCAGCGGACUCUUGUUUUUCUUUCUUCUACAGGUAUUGAACCUUCUAGAUUAUGCUCUGAGUAUAUAUAUGAAAAUUUCAAGCAUGAACUUCGUCCUAAUGGAAUCAAUUGGAAAGGUGUCCCAAAAGAGACAAGAGAAUUUUACUUUGGAGAAUUCAAGAAGGCAUUCUAUUGGGAUUCUUUGAUUGAUAGAGAAGUGAAGCGCCUAUGGGAAAGUAAGGCAGCGAGAAGGUACUAUGAUUUUAUGAGCAAAAUAAAAAAAUGUAAAGAUAUAGUUCAACCAGAUUUUGUUCCAGAAGAUGUGUGGGAGAAUUGGAUGAAACUAUGGAAGGAUCCUAAGUGUGUCAAAAAAUCAGAAAUAAAUGCAAAAAAUCGUUGUGGCGGUGGGACCGACGUCGCCAUUGGGACUCACACGGGCGGCUCUGUCAUCAUUGGGGAACAUCGCAAGAGACUUGCUAUUGAAAAGGGUCGAGAUCCAACACCAAGUGAGCUACAUUUGCACGUCCAUACACAUGAUCAUGAUGAAAAAUCUUUUGUUAGUGAGCGAUCCCGACUUGUACAUGAAAAAUAUCAGCAAAUAUUACAACAACAAACACAAACUCAAUCUGAUAUUGAUCAAUCUCUAGCAUUUUAUCAAGCAGCGGGAGGGGAAAAGAAGAGAAGAAUAUAUGGUCUUGGAUCUCAAGCAAAAUAUUUCGAUGGGCCGAAUCUUCGUGCCUCUUCUGGAUCGGAUGCUUCAUCAUCAACAGCACCUCCGAAUGCUCAGUCAGCAUCAAUGACGAAUUUGGAUGAGUUAGUGAUGCGAUUGAUUCCUGCAUUGACUGAUCAUAUGGUUCCUGUACUGACUAAUCACAUGCUUCCUGUGUUGGCUGAGCGAGUAAGAGGAUUGAUAGCUUCACCAUCACAUCUGCAAGAUAAUCAUACUGAUCACCCAUCAGAUGUGGCACCUCCAGUUCCUCCUCCUACUAAUAUUAAUGAGGUUCAUGCACCGCUCUCUAAUGAUGACCUUCACUCUCCAGUCUCUCAGUAGUUAACUAUUUUCAUUUGAAUUUUAUUUUGGUGUUGUAGAUGUUUUGGUAUUAAAGAGGUUCAUGCAUCGCUUUCUGAUGAUGACCUUCACUCUCCUGUCACUCAUUAAUUAACUAUUUUUGUGUGAACUUUAUUUAGUAUUAUAAAUGUUUUUUAACUUAAUUAUGCACUUGCAUUUUGGUAUU